GACGGUGGCGGGCGGUGUGCAAAGAAGAUCAUGCCUACGUAGGACAUGUCUGGAGGUGUCUUUCCAAGGACCAUUCUUCGUAUCGCCCAAAUUGGCUUUGUGAAACAGUUGAGCGAUAUCUCGUUCUUACGUAGAAUGGUUCUACGAAAGACCCUUUCAUGCAACAGGCCCCUGAUCAAUGUGGUCAAUGUACCGAUCCGGGCUUGGCCAGAUAAUACAUCUAAAGAGGUUAAGUGAUUUGUGAUGACAGUCUGUUGUGAUUCUCCAAAAUUGCGCGAAUAAUGCAGCGCUCUACCUUCCUUUUUACUGAAUUGAUUCAAGUACAGAAAAGUUAUAAAUAAAAUUACCGCAAAUUAUGCUGGCGCAAAUAUUCACUACUGAAUGACACGCGCCGUAUAAGCUAAAACAACAACAACAACAACAACAAUCCAGGCACCACUGCGCCUCGAACGGGCCUGGGACUCGGCCGACGCCGGACGGACAGGCUGUGCUGAGCUGGGCGUGCGGGGCGAGGAGUGUAUUAAUAUUAUCUCAUAAACUGAUUUUAUUCGCCUAUGAUUAUGAAGACAUAUGGAUGCAGUGAAGGUAAACGUCACGUUUGAAUGGAGGUUACUUUAGAGGAAAUAGUUGAUGUCGGAACACCCCAAGGAAGCUUGAAGAAAGUGGACAGUAUAAAAUAGGAAUCCUAAAAUAUACAAAGAACAUUUUUGGAUUUGAAUGUCAAAUAACUCUGAUAAGAUACAUGGUAAAUUAACCAUUCCAGAGGCCGUUGAGGACUGAAUGUUCAGUGUUGUAGACAGAGUUUAAAAGUAGACUGAGUAUACAAACUAGACUUCCUUUCCCAUUACAAAGAAAGAUAAUUUCAAUAUCUCAACAGCUAGAUUCCUCUAUUUAGUACUGAAUAACAAACGCCGCAUACAAAAUGUGGAGUCAAAUUGGGUUUGUGAGUCGAAACCUACCAACUUUUAGAUCUGCCAGCAGGAAAUCCAAACUUUAUAACUUGAGAAUAUUUCCAUCUUAUGAGGGCUCUAGUCCAAGCUCCAUCCUCUGUCAAGAUGAAGUUAGAACUCCCCUGUUGCCUACCGACGAUGUCCCCCAAAGGAGUUCAAUGGCUUCUUGUACAUCGCCUUUAAUCUUUGCCAAGCAUUACCCAUCUCCACGUACAUCCAGAACGGACAUUGGAAAGCCAUUAUGGAAGAAUGUAGUAGAUACAGCAAACUUGAUCCCAUCGACAUGGCAACUGUCAUCUCGUUCGGCAGUCUCUAUGACCGGGUUCAACGAUUAUGAGUUGGGCCGCAAAGAGUUCAAAAUUGAUGUUCCAGAGUAUUUCAACUUUGCAAGUGAUGUAAUGGAUGAAUGGGCCCGGAAGGAAGAGACAGGAGAGAGAUCGUCAAAUAUCCCAGCAUUCUGGUGGAUUGAUACCAAAGGAAAUGAAAUCAAGUGGUCAUUCAGGGAUCUAUCAACUAAGUCAAAGAAGGUUGCCAAUUUGCUUGAGAAAAACUGUAACAUCAAGCAACAUGACAGAGUAAUGGUCAUCCUACCACGCCUUCCAGAAUGGUGGCUCCUCAAUUUGGCUUGUCUGAGAAUAGGGGCUGUCCUUGUACCAGGAUCCACCCAGCUCAGAGAGAUGGAUAUCAGAGAUAGACUGGAAAGCUCUAAAGCUGUCUGCAUCAUUACUGAUGAAGAACUAUCACAUCUAGUUGAUAAUGUUGAAAAGGAUACGGAUGGGUUUCAACACAAAAUUCUUAUUGGAGAUGAGGAUGAUAUAAAGAAGAAGGAUAGAGCUGGUUGGUUACAUUUUCAAGAGCUCUUUGAUGCAGCUUCGGACCAUCAUGAGUGUGUCAAGAGCCGCAGCAGUGACCCCAUGACAGUUUUCUUUACAAGUGGGACUACAGCCAAGCCGAAGAUGGCAGAACACACACAUGCAAGUUACGGUCUUGGUCAUAUAAUUACAGCAAAGUAUUGGUUGGAUCUGACUCAGCAUGAUAUUAUCUGGAACAUGUCUGAUACUGGUUGGGCCAAGUCUGCCUACAGCAACAUCUUCGCUCCAUGGACCCAGGGAUCGUGUGUAUUUAUUCAUCAUUCACCUCGAUUUGAUCCACUUCAAACCCUGCAGGUGUUCAAUGACUACCCAAUCUCAAUAUUCUGUGGUCCUCCGUUAGCCUACAAUAUGAUGGUCCAGCAAGAUACAACAAAGUAUAAUCUAAGAUCUCUGAGGGACUGCGUCAGUGCUGGAGAAUUUUUGAGUCCUGAGGUGAACGAGGCAUGGAGACAAGUUAGUGGGAAAUUUAUCAGAGAAGGAUAUGGACAAACAGAAACUGUAACAAUGAUAGCAUCAUAUCGCUGUAUUCAGUCCAAGCCAGGAUCCUGUGGUAAGGCGUGUCCUGGUUAUGAUAUAGCCAUCGUUGAUGAGGACGGUAAUGAACUCCCAAGAGGGGAGGUUGGUAUCAUUGGCAUGAAGGUGAAACCUGUUAGACCGUUGGGUCUCUUCUCUCAGUAUGUGGAUGAUCCUGAACGGACAAAGUCUGUGUUUCGAGGAGAUUAUUAUGUGACAGGAGAUAAGGCCAUUCAAGACGAAGAUGGUUACUUCUGGAUAAUGGGUCGUAAUGAUGAUGUCAUAACAUCUGCAGGAUAUCGGAUUGGACCAUUUGAAGUAGAGAGUGCUCUGAUCAAGCAUCCGGCUGUUGCUGAGGUGGCUGCAGUUAGUUCACCAGACACAACAAGGGGAGAGGUCGUGAAAGCAUUUGUUGUAUUAGCAGAGGACUACAAGUCUAGAGAUCAAGCUGAACUUAUUACAGAGCUCCAAGAACACUCCAAGCAACUCACUGCACCAUACAAAUACCCUAGAAAGAUUGAGUUUGUUGAUUUGAUUCCUAAGACGACCAGCGGGAAGAUCCGAAGGGUGGAACUGAGACAGAGAGAAUGGAUUCAACAACCCGAGAAAUGAAGCAGUGAUAAAUGGUGGGUGAGAUAAUUUACUACCCAAAGCCUCAAAUAGUAUCUGCCAUUUUUUAAUUUGAAAAUUUUCAAAUGAAUCAAAAUUCCUUGUGUCAUUUUGUCAGAAAAAAGUGAUAAUAUUCUGCUGUUUUCCAAGCACAAACUUCUUAAAAGAGUAUUUAGAUAGAAUAUAUUUUGUAGACUAGAAGUAGAAAGGAAGGAAAGAAUAAAUAGAUAUAUGACAGUAUUACUGAUGAUGACUUUGUGAUUUUAUUUGAGUAUGUGAUGCAAAUACUGUUGAAGUUGCUCUGUCAGAAUUAGUGUGUUAGUCUAAAAUAUUUAAACCAUAUUGUGUAUAAAUUUUAAUGCAAAUUGUCAUAGUAAAUUGUACUUUCUUCAUCCCAUAUUGCAUAGCAAUUUGUUUGAAUUUGGUACUAUAUAUAAGAUUGCCAAACUUAUUUUUAUUCCAAGACUAUCUAAAGUGCCUGUAAUUGUGAUACAUUGACCAUGAUGACAUUUAAACAAAUAGUUCAUGUGUAAGUGCCUUCUUUGUUAUCAUUGUUAUUUUCUUUAAUGAUGUAUGAUAUUGGAAAUUAUCAGAAAUUUGUGUGCUUCCUUCCCAACGGUCAAUGUAGAUUGUUUUGUCAGAAAUGAUUUGCAUUGAUCAUUGGCUAUUAUGACAGUACUAUUAUAUAUUUUUCUAUCAAUAUAUUCAUAAUUUUAAUAAUUCUAUGUAAUUAUGUACUGUUAAUGUUAUAAAGAGUUAAUAUCCUGUAAUAUUACUAUCACUAUUUUAUUUCAAUUAGUUUCAUGCCUCUGUUACUAUGUAUUUUUUUAAAAUCAUGUGAUUUGGUGGUGAUUUUAUGUGAUUGCUAAGAAAGCAUGAAUGCUUGUAAGCAGGAUAAUGCCUUACCAAAGGGCUCUAGCACACCUAAUGGGAAUCAAACCCGGGUCACCGAAAUCCGAAACCUCCGCUCUAUCAACCGGGCUAUCGUGCCUCCAUCCAUCUGUCCCCCUUUUCUUCUCAUAAUUUCAAACCUCACUCAUCUGUGCAUAUGUGGGUGAGGUUGAUCUGAAAACCAAUUACAUUGUUUAAUAUAGACCCUUAAGGUAGCUGUUCAAGUCAUUUUGCGCCUUUCUAGCCAAAAGACGCACAACAAGUUUGGUUAGGGUUCCUCAGUCUGCAAAUUCCUUAUAAUAUCAAUAUAUACAAUAGUUGUGAUACUUAUGCUCUCUACCCUGUUGAGAACUCUGGUUUCUUAUUCACAUUAUCAUACAAUACAAAAUCAAACACAUUAUUAAUACUUUUCUUUUUAGAUUGGACAUUCUAUUACUACAAAUUCUAGUCUAUAUUAUCUACUUCAAAUAAAUACUUUUGAUAGAUGUGCAUGAUAUGUAAUAUUAUAUAUGUUUCCAUCCUUCAUCCUUUCUAUUCAUUCCACUAAUUGUUCAAUUAAAAAAUUGUUAUUUUAUUAAUUAUUAUAAGACCAUUAUACUUAAUGAAAUCAUUUUGUGAGAUUAAUUACCUACCUCAAUUGGUGCAAAAAGUACAAUCUUUUCACCUUCACAUUGGCCCUACUUAUUGUGUCUUAUGUUGAUAACUAUCAUAUUGACAUAUAUAUCUAACAUGGACAUCAUCUAUCAUAUUGACCCAUAUGUUUCUACUUAUUAUCUAAUCUGAGUACUAAGUGUUUGUGGUGCUUUAUAUUCUUAUGUUACAAGAUUAUAUUUUUGAGCUAUAAAAUAGUGUAAACACAAUGAUUCUAGAAGUUGAAUAUAUCCAUUAACCAAUCUUGUUCAUUAUGAAAUUGCAAUAAAGAGAUUUGAAUUUUAAAGUUA